ACAAAUAGACUCUUUGACGCCCACUUCUUUCCACCCUUUAGUUGGAGCUAGUGAUACACCCCAAUAGAGAUACAGUUCAAUUCCUUAGGAGAACACAGGCUUAGAAGGUGAUGAGCAACAUGGAUGAGUUCAGCUUCCCUACCAUUCCAGUAGAACAGGAGCCCCUCUGCCAGCUCCCCUUCCCUCUGUGGUUCGUCUCCUCCAUCGCCGACCAAGAGACCGACCAUCAUCACCGGAGAAGCUUCUCUUCACCUGAAGAAGCUGCAAAGAUGGCCGACGCACUUGAGUUGGCCUCGUCGGCACUCAGUCUGGAUGACAAGGACCAGUUUCUCAAUGAUGAAGAGAGGAUGGACAUGCUGUGGGAGGAUUUCAAUGAAGAACUACGCCGGAUGUCUUGCGAUCGAAAGAUGGAUGCGGCGAACGGGGAGGCGAGCUCGAACUCAUCGUCAACGGAUUCGAGAAGGCAUGGCAUGGUGGAUCUACCCUGCAUUCAGGCCUUCGGCGCAUCAACGAGUAGCAGCAUCAUUCACCAUAGAAGGCCAAGCUGGCUUUUGAUGCUGAAGGUAUUGAAGAAGCUGUUCUUGAUUCAGAAGACUGGUUCUUCCAAGAGGAAAUCACUUCAGUGAAGAUAAGAUAUCAUCCUCUAAGAAUUCCACUAUGGUUUGUAGCUUUCCACUCUUUAUAGACCAUAGGAGCUGAAUCCAGAGGUUAGAAGGAGCAUGAGCCACUACAGAUUCAAAAAAAAAAAGAAACUUUGUAAUCUCUUUGUUCUGGAGGUAAAUACUAUAGAGAGGAAGUCAUCUUGUUUAUAUGUAGCUAUGUAUAUCAAUGGCAAUAAAAAAUUUGUAUGAUAAUAAAAGUUUUCUCUUCUUUUUC